AAAGUGAAAGUAUUUGGGAAACAUUCAAGAUAUGGUAUGUGUCGUGUCUCAUUAAUCCUCUGAAAUGUCUUCACAGUGUCGAACUUGUGGUCAGGAGACAUAUAGCAACAAUGCAAUAAAUAUUUUUGAGGGAAACGAUGUUAUCAUCAAUCAAAUCGCUCUGGUCACGGGCGUUAAACUCACUGACAAACUGGAUUUUCCUAAAAGAAUGUGCUUUUCUUGCCUGGUCAGCUUGAACGAAGCCAUUCAAUUUCGAGAGCUUUGCGUUGCCACAAACCAACGCCUUAGUCUUGAAUUCGAAUCCGAUGAUCAGGAGGAUUUUGAGGAUCCUAGGAGCAGGGAAGAGUUGGCUUUGCAGAGCAGUGUGACGGAGAUGUUUGAAGAUGACGUGGAAAUCGAGAUACUUAAGCAGAUUAAGGAGAUCAUUGAAGAGGAUGAAGCGGAAUACUACAAUACUCACUUACAGAAGCAGCAGAGAGUGUCGGAUCUUGGGAAAAAGAACGAUAUACCGCCGAACAACUUCCCGGAAACCACCUGCAGCUCAUCUCAUGAAGCUGAACAAAUCCCCCAGGAGAGCACAGAAAAAAGCGAACGGAAAAAGUACAGAGCCAGAAAAAUAUAUUUCUGUGAUCAGUGCGGCAAGGAGUUCAACGACAAGGGCAACCUCAAUCUGCAUCUGGUGCGCCACACAGGCGUUAAGCCGUUCGAGUGUCCGGACUGUGGCAAAAGAGAGUUCAGCAUGUACCUCAUGAACAUCCAUAUCCGCGUCAAGCAUCGUGGCGAGAAACCCUUCGUCUGCAAGUACUGUGACGAGAGUUUCUCGGACAGCACCCAGAGAAGUCGCCACCAAAGCCGGAUGCAUGAACUCAAAGUGGCAAAUAGAAGGUACAAUUGCGCAUUCUGCGAUCUGAGAUUUGAGGUCCAGUCCCAAUUGAAGAAACACGAGAUCGUGCACUCUGGUCAACGGAACUAUCCCUGCGAAAUAUGCAAUGUGGCCUUCACCCGUAAAUUUAAUCUGCAGACCCAUUUCCGAUCGAGGCAACACAAAAAGAAUGCUGCGGAAAAGUCAGAAAAAAGCUUGGAAUAGAAUAAGAUUAAAAUAAUCAAUUUGAAAUUUCACCAUUCUCAUGGAAAUGUGCGGGCUCUUUACCAUUUACCUCGAAUCGUAUUAAACUUGUAAACAAAUUAACAACUCUGUUUCUGCCGCUGAAAUAACUUUUUAAAUAAACGAAUAAAUGUUAGUUUGAAACUUACGAAGCCACCAGGUCACUUAUAAAAUACUUGUGUCGCACCUGUGGCCAGGAGGAAGAGU